CUCGAGUGCGCUACAUGACAGCUGACGUCGCGCGCGGAAGUUCAGAAGUGCGCUUUUUGCAAGUUUCGCUCCUUUGAUUAUUCAUUUCGUGUAUGCAAUCAACACUGAAGUGAAUCGUUUUGUGACAUACACGGCACAGCCCGAGAGUGUCCCUUUAUUGACAUUACGAUACACAGAAGAAGGUGACCUGACCACGGCUGGCCGUUCACUGACAGACGGACUUUGAUUUUUUGCCCACUUCUCCAUCAUCACCGCUUGCUCGUUUUGCCAUGACCCGAGUUACAAAGGAGGCGUUUGGCAGCGUCCUUGGAGCUGGCACCGUGGACAGAUUCCGAUUAGAGUCCGAGGGGGUGACCGUGGAAAUUCUCACGCUUGGCUGCAUAAUCAGCGCAUUAAAUACCCGAGACAGGAACGGCAGGAGCGACGACAUCGUCCUGGGCUUCGAUACGUUAGAAGGUUAUCUGACAAACCCUCGCUACUUUGGAGCUGUUGUCGGCCGUGUUGCCAACAGAAUCGCCAAGGGCAAGUUCACCGUUGAUGAGAAGGAGUACCAGCUCGCUAUCAAUAAUGGACCCAACGCCCUUCAUGGGGGACCCACAGGCUUUCACCAGUUUUCUGUGGUGGCAACCUGCGCCACCACCCCCUAA